CAUCAGACGUUGCACUCUCACACGAGGAUAGUAACAUUCAUUCAUUCAUUUACGAGAUUGUAACAUCGACACCGUGUGUUUACGAAAUCAGAUAAACAAUAAUCCUUAGAGGGCGCUAAAUGACCGCAACCAUAUUAGGACAAAUACCGCUACCAUUGAUUGCCGAAUGCCGACUAUGUCUUGUGCUCCAAAUUGUAAAUAUAGCAUGCGUGCCUGGUCAAAUGGUCAGACAUAGGUGGUUGCUUGCGUCAUACAACCAUUUAAUAAUACGUAAAUUUAUGAAAUUAGCUAAUUAAUUAAUGCUAAGGUUUUUCAAGUUUGUAUAUAUGUAUAUUUAACAUGAAAAUUGCUGAUCUACUAUAAUUUACUAUAUUGCAGAAUGUUUGUUUAGUGUUGUAAUGUUUUUUAAGGUUCUUGAUAUAUUAUAAAUCACUAUUAUUGGAGGUAUUUCUGUAAUUGUUUAACUUACAUUCAUAUAAAAUGAAUCAAAUGUAGCAAUGACAAUGAGCUAGUUAAACUUGAAUUUAACAUGUGGAACAUGCAUUAUUUGAUUUAAUAUUAUUAUUAUUUUUUUACCAAUAAUGAAUUUUUUGUUGUAAAAUAGUUAUUACUAAGUUUCACUUUUUGUUUGUUUAAAAUUUAAAUGAUGUAUAAAUUUUUCUUUUUCGAUCUGUGUUUUUUGUUUUCUUAUUCCUGACAUGCGUUGUGUUGUUAUAUUAUCUCCUCUACUACCAUGUAGUGGCAAUACUUCCACUGUAGGAAGAAUUUCCGAGCAUUUUACGAAGAGGGGUAUUGAAUGUGUUUCAUGCACGCCCACACAUUUUGUGGCAGAAAAUAAAUGUUCUGUAAAACUUUUAAACAUUUUUAUUGAAAAAAAAUGUGCGGAGGCUUUAUUAUUGUUGCAUGCUGUAAAGAGUGGCGUGUGUUUGCAAUGUCGCUGUAAUGUUCCGUGUAAAUUGCGCGUUAACUAUGGAAUAGUAUUUGGUGGCACCGACAUUAAUGAAGACAGACAUAAUGGGAACAAACAAACCAUCUUAAAAGAUACAAUUAAGAGCUCAGUGUUUUGUGUGGCAUUCACUGAAGAUUUGAAACAAAUUGCUUUGACCAUUUGCCCCAAGUCAAAUAUACAUGUUUAUCCUCAAGCAGUUGACUAUACAAUGUUUAAAUCCCAUGCAGUUAGUGAAAACACUCCUGACCUUAAAAGUCCAAUUUUAUUUAUCAUACCUUCAAAUAUAAGACCUGUGAAAAACCCUUUGUUUCUGCUUGAAGAUUUUUGGAAGUGGAGUGUCUCGCAAAGGCCAAAGUACGACAUCAGGUUAUUGGUUAUUGGUAACAUACUAGAUGAAGCAUACUCUGAAACAUUUUUUCAAAAGUUGUCAGCAUUGAAAUUGAGAUAUAGCAGUAAAGUUAAUGUUUCACCGGAAGGUAAACAAACCCAGAAUUUGCAAACGUGGCUGAAUAAAACAAACGGAGACCGCGUGUUAUUCUCUCCUGCUGUACCAAGACAUGAGUUCCAAAAACUUUUAUCCAACUUUACAUUUGCAGUGGUAAAUACCUCAAACAGCGAAGGUAUGGCAUCUUCAUUGUUGGAAGCGAUGUCUAUGAAUAUACCAGUACUUGCUCGUGAUAUACCUGGCAACAGUGCUGUUAUAAACCAUGAUCUAAAUGGCUGUUUGUUCUUAAAUCCUGACGAGUUUAUAUUUUCCGCUAUGAAACUAAUCACUGACAAAGAAUAUAGACUUAGUUUGAUUACAGCAGCACAGAAAUCAAUAUGCAAAGUUUACAACCCACAUAUAGAAGCUGAGUUUUAUUUGAAAUUAUUCCAAAAGCACUUUAGUGUAUUAUGAUUGCAGUAGAGUUUUGUUCGCCAUAGUUUUUAACUAUCUAUCUUAUUAUUGUAAUCAAGAUUCAAGAAUGUGAUUUUUUUUUAUACAACUUUUGUGCAGUGAUGUGUAUCUAGUUAAUACGUUUUCUUGAUUUUUAUUUUUAUUACAUUUUAAACCAAUUCUGUUUACAAUAACUGAUUUCUAUUUACCUUCUGUAAAGAAAAUCAAAUGAAUCCUAUAUGUAGUUCCAUAACUGUGUUUAUUUUCUUUAUUUAAGUCUCAAUGUUCUAUAAAUAUUUGUGCUAUGAACAGAAAUGUAAUCAAUCCAUCUGUUAUAUUCUUGCUGUUUUUUUAUUUCUUCUUAUUUAGUUCCAUAUCUUGCUUACUGUGGGUGAUUCUCUGUACGUUUUUUGUUAUUGUGUUUAUUAUUUCCAGGUUUUGGUUAGUUUAGCUCUUCUUGAUAAAAGCUGGAAUGUCAAUUUUAGGAAACCAAGGGUAAUUUAACAACUUUCUGGUUUAGUUUUUUAAUUUCUACUUUUAUUUCUUUAUUUUUUAUUUGAGUUUCCUUUAUACAAGAUCCUUAAUUAUAUACUAUAUAAAUCGUUUUCUUUUAAUUUUAAAUUCUUGUAAUUGUUUAUGGGUGUUUUUACUUGCCGUAGGGCAAACAGUUGUGUUUUAAAUUAUUUGUGUCAUGGUGUGUACAUGUAUGUAAAAAUUUCAUACACUUAUAUCUAAAGGUUUUUAUGUAGAAAAUUGAGCCUAAAAUAUAAAUAGAUUUUGAUGCUAACUUUAUGGUCGUCAUUUUAGUUUCUCGUUGCACCAUUUAAUUAGUCACCUAAUUCAACUUUUAUAU